UCCAUCAGACUCAUCAACAACAUGGAGCCUAGCAACCAGACAGGUGUUUCAGAAUUCCUAUUGCUGGGACUGACGGACGAUCCAGAACUGCAGACCCCCCUCUUCUACCUGUUCCUGUUCAUCUACCUGGCCACCGUGCUGGGAAACCUGCUCAUCAUCCUGGCCAUUAGCUCUGACUCCCACCUGCACACGCCCAUGUACUUCUUCCUCUGCAACCUGUCCUUCACUGACAUCUGCAUAAGCACAAUCACCCUCCCGAAGUUGCUGGCGAACAUACAAGCACAGAGUCAGAGCAUCACUUUUAUGGGCUGCCUCACCCAGAUUGGCUUUGUCCUGGUUUUGGGAGGAUUUGAGAAUUUUCUUCUUGCAGCCAUGGCCUAUGACCGCUAUGUGGCCAUUUGUUACCCCUUGAGGUACACAGUUAUCAUGAAUGCCCGUCUCUGUGUUCUGCUCAUUGUACUCUCACUGUUCCUCAGUACCAUGGUUGCCGUGCUCCACAGUCUGAUGGUGUUGCGGCUGUCCUUCUGCAAGGACCUGGAAAUGCCUCACUUUUUCUGUGAGCUGGCUCAGGUCCUCAAGCUUGCAUGUUCGGAUACCCUCAUCAAUAACUUCUUGAUAUAUUUUGUGGCUAGCCUAUUUGGUGGUAUUCCUCUGUGUGGAAUCAUUUUCUCUUAUACUCAAAUUGUCUCCACGGUUUUGAGAAUGCCAUCGGCCGGGGGGAAGCUGAAAGCCUUUUCCACCUGUGGGUCUCACCUCUCCGUUGUCUCCUUGUUCUAUGGGACGGUUUUUGGAGUGUACAUUACUUCUACAGUUACUGACUCAUCCCGGAAGACUGCUGUGGCUUCAAUGAUGUACAUUGUGUUUCCUCAAAUGCUGAAUCCCUUUAUCUACAGCCUGAGGAACAGGGACAUGAAACGAGCUUUGAAGAAACUCAUCGGUAGGAUAUCUUCUUUUCUGUUUUGUGCCAUUUACUUUCGGCUGGAGUUUCUAGAAUGA